AAUAGUAUUUCCCUUUAACCGUUAAACGGUAAUGCGCACUCUUCCUGAGUACAGUGUGUCCGGGUGAAUCAGAGAAGCUCACGGUUAUGGCCCAGUCAAAUAAACAGGAGGCUGGCGAUUUGUUCGCUGGCUUCCGCACGGGUUUUAAAUCUUUCGCCACAGAUGCCAUACACAUCGGCCAGGAGCCGGAGCAGUGGUCAUCGAUGGCUGUAGUACCGCCGAUUUCCCUCUCUACCACCUUCAAACAGCACUCACCGGGGAACCACGCUGGCUUUGAGUACAGUCGGAGUGGAAACCCUACCAGAAACUGUCUGGAAAAGGCUGUGGCAGCGCUGGAUGGAGCAAAACACUGCCUUGCUUUUGCCUCAGGACUGGCAGCCACUGUGACCAUUACCCACAUGCUGAAGAAAGGAGAUGGGAUCAUCUGCAUGGACGAUGUGUACGGAGGUACCAACCGAUACUUCCAAAGAGUCGCAGCUGGAUUUGGUCUGGAAACAACUUUUGCUGACUGUACGAAGCCAGAGUUGCUGAAAGCUGCUCUGAAGCCCAACACUAAACUGGUGUGGAUCGAGACUCCAACCAACCCCAUGAUGAAGGUGGUUGACAUCAAGGCCUGCUCUGAUUUGGUGCACGAGCACAGCAAAGAGAUUGUAGUGGUUGUUGACAACACCUUCAUGUCUUCUUAUUUCCAGCGCCCCUUGGCUUUAGGAGCUGAUAUCUGUAUGUACUCAGCCACCAAAUACAUGAAUGGUCACAGUGACGUAGUGAUGGGUCUGGUGUCUUUAAACAACGAUGAUCUGAAUGAGCGACUGAGGUUUCUGCAAAACGCCAUCGGUGGCGUGCCAUCUCCCUUUGACUGCUACCUGUGUAACCGAGGGCUGAAGACGCUACACCUGCGCAUGGAGCAGCACUUUAAAAACGCCAUGGCUGCUGCCAGGUUUCUGGAGGCAGACGCCAGGGUGGAACGGGUAAUUUUCCCAGGCCUGUCCUCCCACCCACAGUACGAGAUGAUGAAGAAACAAUGCACCGGGUGUCCAGGGAUGAUCACCUUCUAUAUCAAAGGGAAACUUGAGCACGCCACCACCUUCCUCAGCAACCUUAAAAUGUUUGCAGUCGCAGAGAGCCUUGGUGGUUAUGAAAGCUUAGCAGAACAUCCGGCGAUCAUGACCCAUGCGUCAGUGCCAGCGAACGAGAGGGCCAUUCUUGGGAUCAGUGACACACUGAUCCGUCUCUCAGUGGGACUGGAAGACACGGCUGACAUCAUCAAAGACCUUGACCAGGCACUGAACGCUGCUCACCCAAAGAAGAAUUGAAACAUCUGCCUGGCGUCCUCGAGCCUGAGGUUGUUGUGGUAACAAUGCUUGGAAGCACCUGAAAUCUAAAAACCAGAUGACUAUCAACACGUGGUGCCUCGGUUCCACCUUUCAGGAGACAAAAUGUUCUGGAAACAGGACAAAUUAUGUCAACUGUGAAUAAUUAUUACAAAUUUUACACGAUUAUCACUCAAUGCCUGUACUAUCUCACUCACUUGUAAGCUUAUUUAUCUUAUGCCAGUUUUGCUUUGUUUAUAUAAUUGUCUAUGUUUUCUAAUUUUUUUUUGAAAGCUUUAUGAGAGAAAAAUCCCAUUUAGACAUCAUGAAAUGGUUUUUAGUAUCUUAACUCCAAAAACUGUGCAUUUACAAGUGAAAUCUGUAUUAAAGUGGGUUUUAUAAUGCCAAUUUGUAAAAA